CUCAGCCGCUUAGUGGUCGAGUGGCACAGAGACUGAAGAUGGCAGACGGGCUUUUGGAUGGGGAGAAACUCAGUAAAAAGACACACUCGACAUGUUGAGCCGUGCCAGAGCGGCCGGGCAUCGCGUGUGCCAGGCCGCUGGGUUGUGGGCGCAGAAGUUUGCUCCGCGCCGUCAACAAACCGUUCCGUUGCUUUUACAAGGAUGUCGCUGGAGAGGUGGCAAAAGUGAGCUGAAGAGGCGCAUGAAGGCCGAGAAGAAGGCUGCCGAGAAGGAAGCAAAGAUCAAAGACCACGAGCAGCAGCAAAAUAAGGAGACUAACGACCAGCCUCAGCAGACUGUGUACGGAAAUGACGAGGAGACGCUCGAUCCCACUCAAUACUUCAAGAUCCGCACACAAGCUAUUCAGGCUCUGAAGGGAACUGCGGAAGACCCUUAUCCUCACAAGUUUCACGUGGACCUAUCACUUACUGAGUUUAUUGAAAAAUACAGUCACCUACAGCCAGGCGACCACUUAAAAGAUAUCCUUAGUGUCUCAGGUCGUGUCCAUGCUAAAAGGGUCUCUGGAUCCAAAUUACUUUUCUACGACCUGCGAGGAGAGGGUGUGAAGUUGCAGGUCAUGGCAAACUCCAGGAACUACAAAUCAGAGGAAGACUUUAUUCACAUCAACAAUAAACUACGACGAGGGGACAUCGUUGGUGUCCGUGGUAACCCUGGGAAGACCAAGAAAGGGGAGCUGAGCAUCAUCCCUGUGGAGAUGACCCUGCUGUCGCCGUGUCUGCACAUGCUUCCCCACCUCCACUUUGGCCUGAAGGACAAGGAAACGCGCUUUCGUCAGAGAUACUUGGACUUGAUCCUCAACGACUACGUGAGACAGAAAUUCAUCACUCGUGCCAAGAUCAUAACAUACCUGCGCAGCUUCCUGGACAAGCUUGGCUUCCUUGAGAUCGAAACGCCGAUGAUGAAUCUGAUUCCCGGGGGGGCAGUGGCUAAGCCCUUUGUGACAUACCACAAUGAACUGGAUAUGAACCUCUACAUGAGGAUUGCUCCAGAGCUUUACCAUAAGAUGUUGGUGGUUGGAGGCAUCGACCGUGUCUAUGAGAUUGGCCGUCAGUUUCGAAACGAAGGCAUUGACCUCACUCACAACCCUGAGUUCACCACGUGUGAGUUUUAUAUGGCCUAUGCUGACUAUCAUGACCUGAUGGAAAUCACAGAGAAGCUGCUUUCAGGAAUGGUGAAGCACAUUACAGGUGGUUACAUGGUGACCUACCACCCUGAAGGGUCAGAAGGAGAGGCCUAUGAAAUUGACUUCACCCCUCCAUUCAGAAGAGUGAGCAUGACCCAUGACCUGGAAAAGGAAAUGGGGGUGAAGUUCCCGGCCCCUGACACCUACGAUACUGAUGAAACUCGCAAAUUCUUCGAUGAACUGUGUGUCCAGAAAGGAGUGGAGUGUCCACCUCCCAGAACAACUGCUCGCCUCCUUGACAAGUUGGUUGGAGAGUUUUUGGAGGUGACAUGCAUCAACCCAACGUUCAUUUGUGACCAUCCCCAGAUCAUGAGCCCCCUGGCCAAAUGGCACCGAUCACAGAAGGGGCUGACCGAGCGCUUUGAGCUUUUCGUCAUGAAGAAGGAGAUCUGCAAUGCCUACACCGAGCUGAAUGACCCCAUCCGUCAGCGAGAGCUCUUUGAGCAGCAGGCCAAGGCCAAAGCAGAAGGGGACGAUGAGGCCAUGUUCAUAGAUGAGACGUUUUGCGCUGCGUUAGAAUAUGGCCUUCCACCCACCGCCGGCUGGGGCAUGGGCAUCGAUCGCCUCACCAUGUUCCUCACGGACUCAAACAACAUCAAGGAGGUGCUUCUCUUCCCUGCCAUGAAGCCUGACGAUAAUAAACCUCCCCCUCCAGCAGAGGGCACCUCAGUUUAACGCUGUGACUGCUGUCAUCUGCUCAGAAAUCCAUGACUUGAAUCAUAUCUAUGUUUCAUCCAUGUUGGGGUUUGUUUUAAUAUUGGGGUUUAUAUCUUUAAGGUGAAAGGCUUUAAAACAUCAGUAAAAGGGAACAGUGACAUCCUGGUUUUGUUUUUAUGUCCAGCAUUAGACAGAAGAAGUGUGUCCCCUUUACUAUUGUUUUGCCUGUUGUAUCUUCCUGACAUCAAAUUGAGGCCUGAAUCUGUGAAGCAGAUUGAUUCAAAUUAAGCUGUAUUUUUGGUCUUAAACUGGUUUUAAUAACUCCAGCCCUCUGUGUUUUUAACAAUCCCCAACCUGACUACAGAAAUAAACCUUUACAUGCGUAAUUAAA